AACCGUGUGCCAAACACAGCUGCAUGUUUGUGUGUUCAGAACAAGUCGUGCUACGGAACAAACAAGCGCUCAAAAGAUAUCUCUUCUCUAGAGGUUUCACCCGGCCGCUCACAUUCGGCCAAGUGGCCUCUUGCUCAUCUCAAGAUAAGCCUUCUAGUCUCCUACUGCCCUUCCUCCUCCUCCAGCCAAAACGCGGCAAUCCCUGAAGCUACAAGAUUACCCUUCUUUCACCACUUCCCAUCUCAAACUGCAGCAAGCAAUCAAGAAACUCAGAGAAGGAAGAAGACAUAGCAAGAGCAAGUAAAGCAAGCAAGCUAGAAGCCCAGGGAGAGAUCACGGCCAUGGCGUUAGCCCCCACAUCUCUCCAGAGCUUCCUCACAGGGAGGCCCCUAUGCACGGCCCCGCAGCUCACGAGGUCGUCAAUUAGGCCGGCAUCGGCGAGGCUCUCUUGCAGGGCCUCCAACCAGAAGGACGCGCCUCCGUCGUGGGCCGGAGACCUCGAGCUGAAGAAUCUCGGGAGGCUGGCGAUGGUCGCCCUGGCCGCCGGCGUGCUCGUGCUCGCGCCCGUCGAUGACGCCAUGGCGGGCAAGUCAGGCGGCAGGAUCGGCGGGAAGGCGUUCCGUUCCGCGGCGCCGCGCUCGUCCGGUCCAAGGAUAAACAACUCAAGGACGAACAUCUACGUCAAUCCCGGCGUGGCGCCACCGCUGGUCGGCGGCUACGGCUACGGUGGCUAUGGCGGGUACGGCUUGUCGCCGUUCGGCUUCUACGGUGGCCCGAGCGUCGCCCUCGGGGUCGGUGGCGGCUUCGACACGCUCGUCCUGUUCAUUGUGGGCGGGGCGGUCGUCGGCGCCGUCCGGCGGUUCCUCAACCGCAGGGAUAACGAUGAUUACGACGACUAAAUGAUACGAGUCAUGUUCAUGUAAUAUCAUCCGACCCUUGUAAUAUAGCGAGAUUACUAUUUUGCUCUUGUCAAUGGUAAUUUUGAAGUAAACAUAGUAAUAUCGAACGAGCAAUGAGAAUCAGAAAGUGUGUAUAAAUUUGUUAUUUUCGCAGAAAUGGAAGAAGAAAUUGUAGUUA